AUGGAGGAACAGUUUAUACUUAGAGUUCCACCUUCUAUUGCAGAGAAGUUGGAUCGGCUUUUGAGCGAAAAUGCUUCUUCUUCUGAGGAACAAUCAUUGGAUUUGUCGUUUUCAGAGAAUGGAAGGAGUGGCACAUUUGUCAUUGGGGAUGAACAUUUCCCUGCAUCUCUCCUGGAUCUUCCUUGUGUCGUAGAGUCCUUCAAAACAUAUGAUGAUUGUGCACUAGUAAAAACUGCAGACAUUGGUCAGAUGCUUAUGGUUAGAGAAGCAGGUGACACUGCACCAGAUGUGGUGGAGUACAGACAUGGGCUCACUCCUCCUAUGAGGGAUGCUCGAAAGCGAAGGUUUCGCAGGGAGCCAGAUCUCAAUCCUGAGCUUGUACAGCGUGUUGAGAAAGAUCUUCUGAACAUCAUGGCAGGGGGCACAGUCGAAAAUGCUGAUAUCCUUUCGUAUUAUGCAUAG